UGCAACACCGAGCAGAAGUCCGGCCAAAGGAGUCUACUAUAAAAGUUGAGGGUGCGAAGCUUUUGCCCGGAUAAUGAUGAUAAUUAUAUGUUUUUAGUGACAUUGAUUUGCUGCCUUCAGGUUGGGGUUUGGGGGCCGUAAAAUCACUCAUAAUGUUUAAUUCAUUGACCAAACUAAUCGGCUUACUCUGCUAAUUAAUAUAAUUGAUGUCAAUCAUCUUGCUACACCCAAGCAGGCUCUACACUCCCAAUCUACUUUCCUUUCCUUUCAACGUAACUCAAAUUUUCUCAGUCCUAUAUUACCAGACUAAAACAAAAUACUCUUUAAAUAAUAUAAAUAAAAAUCUGUAUAUUUUUUACCAUAUAAAAAAUGAAUGAAAAUAGAACUUUGGCCACUCGAUCUAUUUUAUUGGAAUGCCUUCGGGAAAAUGCCACCAAUAUGCGAGUGGAACAUGAGGAUCUGGGACGUCGCAUUGCUAUUUCAUUGGCUGCUUCGAGAAAAACUCUGGAAUUAAUCGAGAACAUGAAUGUUGAGCUAGAGCAAAUGAAGCAUACUAUCCAGAAUGCCAUCAAUAAUGUUCGUAGACAUGAGUAUUGUGAAGAUCCUUGUCAAAGGCUAUUAGAAAUUUUAUUUUUGGUUGUCGAGAAAUUUGAUUCGGAUGGCAAAUUGAAUUCCAAAAUUGUGUCUCAGAUGUAUAUAGAGUCGAAUGAUGAGCCACUAGCUAUAAAGGCUAUUGAAAAUAAUGAACAAGAUUCUCUAACUACUCCCAUUGAUGAUUCCAAUGCUGAUGAUAAUGCCUGACCAAGUCAGGCAAGGAAAUUAAACCUGAUUCUAGCUAUGAUAUGAUUGGAAACAGUUUAAUCUCGCCUUCUCAUAUUAGUUUCACGUAUUGUUGUAUAUUUUUAUGAAUUAUAUUAAAUUUGCAUGGUGGAUUAAGAAAAGUUAGUAGCUCCAAGCUCCUUUUACUAAGCAAUUUCCAUCUACUCUUACAUGGUAUUAAUAUUUAAUUAAGAAAACUCCUUUCUAGACGCACGAAAAGAGAAACCCUUUAACUCUUCACUUCAAGAAGCACACAAGAAUGUCCAUAAAAAACCCAGAAUUAUGGCCGAACUUUGCACUCAGAAAACCAAACAGAACACAAAUUCUCUGGCCGCAAAAGCCAAAACAGCAUUACGUAUACGCACUGUGAGUGGCAGACACAGGCAGGGCUAAAGACCAGCUGGUAAUCCAAAUGGUGGUGAUGCUACACAGCUAGCUUCUAUGUUCCUAAACAAUUUGUCGGCGAUUUGUCGGCAAACUUGAGCCAAAAACACAUACGCAACGAAUGAGCCAUAUUGCACAUACGCCCCGUGUGACCCACAGAGAGUAACGAGGUUAAAUGACCAGCUAAGCAACCUGUUGAUUUUGCUCACUCUCCCACAUGCUUCUCUCUCUCUCAUCCACUCAAUGCUGUCUU